AUGUGGUGGCGCCCCUGGCUGCCCGCCUGCCUGGCCUGGGGCUGUGUGGCCGCGCUGUGCGGUUCCCGCGGGCUCUGCCCGGCCCCGAACGCCUCCAGCCCCGAGCCGGGUCAGUGCCCGCGGCGCCGGGCGGCGGAGCUCUGCGCCUGGGCCCUGUCCUCCGACAGCCUCCUAGAUCCUUUUCCAGUUGAUGUGAUCAAAGAAAAUUAUGUCCGUAACGUGAGAAACUGCAUUUUUUCAGUUGUCUAUCCUACACCUUUUAAAUCUAGAGUUCAUCUUGUAGCUGUUUCAAAGGAAGUUAUUGAAAAUAUUUUGGAUCUUGAUAUAUCUGUCAAAGGAUCAUCUGAUUUUCUGGAGUUCAUCAGUGGUGGGAAAGUGAUAUUUGGGUCUGUUCCACUGGCCCAUAGGUAUGGGGGUCACCAGUUUGGUAGCUGGGCAGGUCAGCUGGGGGAUGGAAGAGCCCAUUUGAUUGGAGUAUAUACAAACAGGCAUGGUGAGAGGUGGGAACUGCAGUUAAAAGGGUCAGGAAAGACCCCAUACUCCAGGAAUGGUGAUGGGAGAGCUGUGCUUCGCUCUUCUGUUCGUGAGUUUUUAUGUAGUGAGGCCAUGCACUAUCUUGGAAUUCCUACAAGCAGAGCUGCUAGCUUAGUUGUAAGUGAUGAUGAUGUGUGGAGAGACCAGUUUUACAAUGGAAAUAUUAAGAAAGAAAGAGGUGCAAUAGUGCUACGACUUGCCAAAUCGUGGUUUCGUAUAGGAUCCUUGGAAAUCUUAGCUCACUCUGGGGAACUGGACUUACUAAGAAGAUUGCUAGACUUCAUCAUCCAGGAACAUUUUCCAUCAAUAGCUAAGAAUGAUUCAAAUAGAUAUCUGGAAUUUUUCUCUACUGUCGUGUCAGAGACUGCAAAUCUCAUUUCCUUGUGGAUGUCUGUGGGCUUUGCACAUGGUGUGUGCAAUACAGAUAACUUCAGUUUAUUGUCCAUAACAAUAGAUUAUGGUCCAUUUGGAUUUAUGGACUCCUAUGACCCAAAUUUUGUUCCAAACACAUCCGAUGAUGAAAGGAGGUAUAAAAUAGGAAAUCAGGCAAGUGUUGGGCUGUUUAAUCUGAGCAAGCUGUUACAAGCUCUAAAACCUUUAUUGGAUCCCAGGCAAAAGCAGCUAGCUUCCCAAAUUUUGGAGGGGUAUGGUGAGCACUAUCACAGUCGUUUCACAGAACUAUUCAAAACAAAAUUGGGUCUUCUUGGGGAGGAUGAGAAUGAUAGCUAUUUGAUUGCUUUCCUCUUAAAAAUUAUGGAAGAUACAAAGGCUGAUUUUACAAUGACAUUCCGAGAGCUGAGUGAAAUUACUGCAGACCAGUUAAAGGAGCUCCAUAUUCCUGAGGAGUUCUGGGCUCUCCAGGAUCUGGGUAAACACAAAUUAUUUUCAGAAUGGGUUAGAAUGUACCUCCUGAGAUUACACAGUAACAAUGGUGACUCAGACGCCAAAAGAAGAAUAAGAAUGGCAAGUUCAGCUCCUAGAGCAGGUUUUACAGCAGCCCUUUCAGAGGCAGGAGGCUGCAGAGAGAGCAGGGUACUCCCUGCGCCCCCCAGCCUGGGCCAGGCAUCUCAAAGUCAGCUGUUCAUCCUGAGGGAAAUUCAAGCAAGCAAGAAGAAUGAUCAAGGUCAAAGCUCAAGCCUUCAAUCAGGGCUAAUGGAUCAAGCCACAGGAACUUCUCUCCCUUAGACUUUGUGGACUGGAAUCUGCUACUGUUCUUGACCAACUUAUGGAGUCUCAAGAUUAAAGAAGUGCAUCACUAUAUAUGGGUGCAUCAGCAGAUUAUACUGGCAUUGACAACUCUGCCUCUCACAUUCAAAUGUGCAUUACUUUGAGUCCCAAUAUUUAAGUUCUGCCAAACUGUAACACUUAAACCUCUCAAAAUUCAUGGCUGAUCAGGUGGGUUUUAAUAGCUUUUAGUGACUGAUCAAUUUAAAAUCCAUGUAAGCUAGUUUUAAUAAUGCAGUAUUUUGAUGAAUUUUCCUCUUGCUGUUACACACUUGUCAAAUAUAGCUGUGUUCUGCAGACGUAAAUGUUCUUAAAUCUUGGAUACCUGGCACAGAGGAUCAUCUCAGACCUUGACAGCUUUUCUCAUUCUGAUUAUGUUUUGUCCCAUUAAACUGACAAAAGAUUUAAAGGAAAUUCAGUUAAAUAGUUAGCAAAGAUGUCUGUCUUGGGAGAGACAAAAGAUGUCUGUCUUACUCCAGAGUAAGUUUUGGUGUCUUUGUUGGUGUCAGGUACCUAUCCAGAGGACCACUGCUCUUUCAAAGUAUCUUUUAGUAGGAGUGGAAAGAUUAUUGGUGCAUAGAUAUGAAGUCUUAGGAAAAAUUAACUGUUUGGUCCUGGAAAAAGACUGUGUUGGAAGCAUCUCAGCUGAGACUGCUUCCAUUUCAGGUAUGGAGGAAGGCUAAAAAGGACAUGCUGCAAUUUCAGAUAUUUUCAGGCUAAAAUACUGUAAGGUCUAGUGAUGUACAGCCCAUUUAGAAGGCAAUAGUUUGGUAGAGGUAGAAGGAUUAAUUUCUUUUUACAAAUGCUUUGAAUUACAGCAUUGGAACAUCUUUUUGGAUUUUACAGCAUAUUUUGGUACCAGAUCAAGCCAGAUAAUUGUGUAUCAAUAAGAGGCAGCUUUGUUCUUUGAAUGGAGUUUAAAUCUUACAUUUAAAAAAUUCCAUGUAACUAUUUACCUACACAAAAUACUUGAUAGAGGUCUAUUCAUCACAGCAUUUUACUUGAUUUCUGGAGUUUUCUGUAGGCUUUGAUUUUUUUUGUUUUGAAGAAAGUUCUUUUGUGUAAGAUUAAGUGCAUGAAUUAUGAUCGACUGCAGAUGUAAAAUGUAUUAAAAUUGAUUUUUUUGUGUUGUAACAAAAGAGAAGGGACGAAAUAGGGUGGGAGGCUGAGCGUUCUGGUGAGAAGAGUGAAUGCUAGAAAAGCCAUUGUAAAAGUCUCAGUGCUUUGUGACCUUACUGUGCAACAUUUUUCCAAGGACAUGUUCUGCUUUAUUUUGAUGCUGGAUGUAUAUUUCAUAAAAUUCAUUUGAUUUAAAAAUGGUUGACUCACAGACAGCUGUUGCCACCUAAGUAUGUCAAAUAUGUGCACUCCUAACACCGAGUCAGAAAAUGACACCUAGCUCUUCAAUGAUUCUGCGUAACGCUUCCUUCUGUUGUAUAUGGAAAGCGAUUGGGAAACAGUAAUCCUUUCAUCACUUUAAUUUUUUUUUUUAACUCCUAUUUUUAACCCUCUUACUUUUAGGUCAUUGGUAUUUUUCCCCUCCACUUUGAACUGAGGCUUGUAUGAGCCUUGCACUGGUCUCGAGGCAUUUCUCAGUUUGGCAGUUUGAAGGUGCAUAGAUACCUUUUGAAUGUCCCAGCAUGUCAAUUCAAGACUUCCAGGUGACACUUUUAUUAGUGGUGGGCAUAGUUCUCUUGGUGAGAGCUUUUUUCUCAGUUCAGCUGAAAGCAAGGGAGCUCAAAAACCAGUAAGAGCUGGAUGGACUCUCUCUGUGUCAGCUUAACAUGGUGUUUAAAGCAAAAUCAUUUCAGGAAGAAAUGCAUGGGGUUCCAAACACUGUUUUAAGCUUUAAAUAAAAUAAAACAAAAUAAA